UUCCACUUUUAUUAUUAGUUUUCUUCACUCACACUCACAGCCAUGGUGGUUGUGACCUCCACAAGCUCCCAAAUCUUCAACCCCACCAGUUCUUCUCUCAAGAGCACACUUCUUCUGAAACCCAUUUCACCUUCUCUCCUUUUUCUCCGCCAUAUCUAUGGCAACUGCUCUUGGAGACCCAAAUUAGCAGAGAAGCAGUACUGCAAUGGGGUCGUCUUGCCGGUCAGAUCUUACAUGGAGAAUCCCAACUCCUUCUCCAGCUUCGCCAACAAAGUCAUCGGUGCGCUUCCCGUUAUCGGCCUCGUCGUCAGGAUUAUAAGCAACGAAGGCGGCGUCGGAACCGACAUUAUUGAUUUUGCAGAGUUUCGGAGGAGAGUAGGGAAUAAGUGUACUCCUUCGGAUUCUAGAGCUUUCUACGAGUUCCAAGAUCGACGGGGCCGGGCCGGGGAUCCUUUGUAUGUCCUGAUAUGCUGUUGGCUAGCAGCCGUUGGUGCUGGUCUUCUCAAAUCCGAGGAGAUUUUGGAAGGGGCUGCGAGGCUGCGGAUUUCGAACGAUAUUGAAUUUGAGGAGGAGACUUUCCUAGCCAUGAUGAAUGAAGCCAGAGAGAAACGGGCAAAGUUAAAAGCUGCCCCACCAUCCAUCCCUAUGGAGGUUCGCAUUGAGAAAGCGCUUGAGGCAAUUUACGUUUGUUGCUUUGGCAAGGACCGCAUAGAGGAAGAAGACGAGAAUCUUCUAAACGUCAUGCUUUCUGCAGUUUUCCCAACCGUCGAGAAACCUGAGAUAGAGAGGAUAGUUAAAGACAAGGCCGAGAAAAUAGCUCAAGGCGGCGAAAUAAACGUUCCAGAGCCAAAGGCAAUAUCAAAAGAAGCUGUUGAGCUGCAAAUGAAGGAUCUCCAAUUCCUUAAACAACAAAGAGAUACUUAAAUGUCAAGUCUGUACUGAAUUGUUGCCCUAUUCAAGAUAAUGGAAUUUCAUGGAAUUUUCUGCCUUCUCCUCGUGUUUGUCUUGGCUUCGCUAAAAGAACUGGGAUUAGGCUUUAGAACUUGGAUUGUUCAUGUCAGUUUAGCGUUGCACAGUCUUAAACAAGAGGGCAGGUAGACUGAGAUUGCAAUUAAGUUGACGAUACAUGAUUUUGCUCAUAAAAGAGGAAACUCAUUUUAACAGCAAUGUUUCACUUUCCUCUGGACCGCUGUUAUCGUUCUUUCAAGAUGAGGGUUAUAAAAAUAUUGUCGUUUUAACGAUUAAUGUAGCUUUUGUGGUUUUGUAGUUUUUCUAAAAUGUCGUCCUUUGACCACAUAGUUGUUCCCUAAGAUGUUAUCGUUUCAUGCAUUCUCGUUAU